AUGACGCUCCCCAAAACCUUCAAGCAAGCCGCCUUCCACUCGCAGGGCGCCGCCCUCACAAUCGAGGAUGCUGAGUUGCGACUGCCCGGCCCCGGCGAGGUGCUCGUCAAGGUAGAGGCCUGCGGUGUCUGCUUCUCUGAUAUGUUUGCCCAGCAGAACAUCAUGGGCGGCGGAUUCCCCAUCGUCCCGGGCCAUGAGAUAAUUGGCCGCGUUGCUGCUGUUGGUGACGGUGUGACGGCCUGGAAGGUUGGCGAGCGCGUGGGAGCGGGAUGGCACGGUGGGCACGACGGGACCUGCUUUGCGUGCAAGAAGGGCCUGUACCAGAUGUGCGACAACCAAGUCGUCAACGGCGAGACCAAGGCCGGCGGAUACGCCGAGUACGUCCUCCUCCGCUCUGAAGCCACCGUACGCGUCCCCGAACACGUCUCCGCCGCCAAGUACGCGCCGAUCCUCUGCGCCGGCAUGACCGUCUUCAACUCGCUGCGGCACAUGGACGUGCAGCCCGGCGAGACGGUCGCCGUGCAGGGGCUCGGCGGGCUCGGCCACCUGGCCAUCCAAGCCGCCCAGCGCAUGGGCUACCGCGUGGUGGCCAUCAGCCGCGGCGCCGACAAGGAGGCUUUUGCGCGCCAGCUUGGCGCGCAUGAGUAUAUUGAUUCUAGUAAGGGGGAUGUUGGGGAGGCGCUGCGGAGGCUGGGCGGUGCCCGGCUGGCGAUGACGACCGCGCCUACGGCGGAGGUUAUGGGGACGCUUUUGAAGGGUUUGGGGCCUAUGGGGAAGUUGUUGAUUCUCUCGGUUCCUGGGGAUGUGCCCGUCAACACGGGGGUUAUGUUGAAAUACGCUCUUUCUGUGCAAUCCUGGCCUUGUGGUCACGCCACUGAUUCGGAGGAUGCCAUCCAGUUCAUGGACCUGCAGAAGGUGGAUUGCAUAGUGCAGACCUUCCCGCUCGCGAAAGCAAACGAAGCCUUCAACGCCAUGAUGGAUGGAAGCGUUCGCUUCAGGACCGUUAUCGUGAUGGAGUAG